AUGGGCUCAUACCUGGAGGACUACCUCGGCUGCGUGGCGUCGCUGCCGUCGGACUUGGAACGCAACUUUAAGCUCAUGCGGGAGCUGGACUCGCGGUCGAGCGAGCUUGUGGAGGAGAUCGACGAGCUCCAGAAGCAGUACCACCCCGAGGCACGCAAGGCGUACGAGGCGUCGAAGCAGCCGGACAAGGACAAGGUGGAGAAGAUUCUGUCGCAUCUCAAGUCAUGUCUCAAGUACUCGGACGAAAAGGUCGACAUUGCUAUGCAGACGUACGAGCUGGUCGACAAGCACAUCCGCCGUCUCGACGACGACCUGGCGCGGUUUGAGGCCGAGCUGGAGGUCCCCAUUGUGCACGGGGCGUCCGCCAACCGCAAGCGCAAGCCACAGUCGCGGUCACAGAACUCAUCGCGGGCCAACAAGCGGCAAAAGUCGUCGGCAACGUCGGAGAAGCGCCGCCGCUCGGCGUCCAAGUCGGAGGCUGCCGCCGCUACUGCUGCCCCGGCGCCCAAGCCGGCCCCGGCGGCGGCUAACAAGGCCUACGACAUCCCGGCCAAUGAGGCUCGGGUCGCUGUCGAUCCCAACGAGCCGGUUUACUGCUACUGCCGCCGCGUCUCGUAUGGCGAGAUGGUCGGCUGCGAAAACGCGACUGCGAGCUGGAGUGGUUCCACUACGCCUGCGUCGGGCUCACAUCUGCGCCUGUUGGCGACUACAUGGGGAUGA